AUGUGUGACUGGGAAGAAUUCAUCUUCGGCUGCUCCUGCUCCUACACCAAGCGCAAGACCUACUGCCAUUUCGCUCGUAACGACCCAAACCAUCAGUGCUUCGGCGUCCAGGUCCUCAGGAAGGUCUGGGAUGUCCCUGAGGCCUGCGACAGGUGCAUGAGU